GUGCAUUCAAGCGUGUCAUAGAAACAAGAUCUGCAAAUAUGAACGGUUUGAUUAAUGGUUGCCAAUGUUAAUAAAAUGCUAAUUUAGCUAUUGAAACAUUAAGUCUAACUUCUGACUUACGAUGCCUGGAUGUUUCAUUUAUAUUUGGCUGUGUUUCUUUGCUGUGUUUGUGAGAGAAACUGAAGUCAAAGAAGUGCAGACGGGUUUAUACAGUCGUGUUGAGCUGACUGGAGAGGAACUUGAUCAACAAACUGUUGAUUCUCUGCGCUCGGUGGAAUGGACCAAACGAAAUGGAUUAGUAACAUGUCUAUGUUUUAAGAAAAACACCACAUUCAGUGCUGAAUACAGUCAAUGCUGUGGAAGAGCUCAUUUCUAUUUAAACAAUAACAGCCUCAUUCUGGAGAAUGUGACGGCAAAGGAUGAAGGAGUUUACACUGAAACAAUAAUUAGAGGAAACGGCACUACAAAAUCUCAAAACUUCACAUUAUUAAUUCAGUACCCUCCAAAUGUAACAGAAAUUGUGGUCUCCUGGACCUCCAACACAUCUGUGACUCUCAAAUGUGAAGUGAGCGGCGUCUUUCUGCAUCUGAUGUGGAAGAGAGAAGGAUUGCCUGUUCUAGAGAAACACACACACUCAUUCAGUGAGAGAAACCAGACUCUACACAUCAGCAACAUAACCAGCUCUGAUUAUGAGACAUACAGCUGUAUUGCUUCAAAUGCAUAUGGAGAAUCAGAACAACACACAUAUAUUACCGGUGAGAACUCAACUGUUAACCGAGGAAAUGGCGCUGCUGGUAAAACUCAGACUGAUCAGAUCGUGCUUUCAAGUGGAUUUACACUCGCAGGAGUUUUAGGACUGUGCAUCGUGUUCUUCUGCCUUUACAAAAACCAUCAGAGGGAUGCAGACAAAGUCCAUGGAGUUUAUCAGGAAGUACCUGAUACUGAAGAGGUGACUUUUUCUUUGUACAUCUGCACAGACUUGAUUACAUCGAAAGAGCCCAGUCAGGCCUCCUUUGAGGACUAUUCUGCGGUCGGACCCACAUGCAGGGAAGAAACAGUCACUCUGUAUUGGGUCACUAAUGAUCAGUCUACAUCGUGUGCUGAUGCUGGAUACGACAAAUGAUAUAAGAGCCUACACAGAGACAGAAUAGAGGAAGUUAGGCCUGCUGACAAAGUAACACUUCAGGCAGAACAGAGCUGUUUUAUAUUAGGGGGAUUUUAUAUUUUAAAGCUUAACUGCCGUGACAAAUAUAAAACCAAACAUUAUAUGUUAUACCAAAUACAAGCUCACGUGACCAUGAUGUAACAGAACCCAGCCUCAGCAUCACUGCAGCAUGAAAAAUAUUUAAUAAUAAUUUAUUAUUAACAACAAUGCCUUUGCAUUUAUUUUGAAUGCUGAAAGUUUUUUUUAUUUGCUAAAAUUAUGAUUAUGUUUGAUCUAUCAAUUAUU